AUGCCUUUGACAGAGAUAGUUCGAGACGCGGAUAACCGUUUUGCUGACAUCAUUGAUGGUCUUCCUCCACAUCUACAACCAGACGAAGUCAAAACUGACGAGACACGAGCAAGAGAUGCUCUGUACCCCUGGAUUCCGUGGCAACAGGUCAAUCUGACCCUGGUAUUGCUAAAUUUCCGCCUUGCUAUAAACCGAUGUCUGCAGCAUGAGUGGUUAGCGGACCCAACAAACCUUAGCGGGCCGAGAGCCAUCUGCCUCAGCUCUGCGAAAGGUAUCAUUUGGAUCAGCCAACACUGGGCGGCUCCAAUAGCAAGGCGAAGACAAUGGGCAAUGUCGGUGCAAAUUUAUGCUGCGGGUGCUUUUCUUGCAGUCGAGUCGAAAGAAGAUUACGCCGAGGAAAUCGAUUUCUGCAUUUCUUAUCUUGACAAAGUUCAGGCAAAUAGUGCAGUUGCUGGCAAAGCCGCGAGAAUUUUACGAGAGUUCAUGGCAUCAAAUGUGUCCGAAGGUGGAACGGGGACGACUGUCUGA